AUGCAUUUAAGAUUUUUUGGUACUCUUACGUUUCAAUCUAAGGCACUAAAUAAACAAUUGAAUUGGCCUUUUAUUAUCAUUUUAAAGAAUCAUUUAAUUUUGAGCUCUAAACAAAACACAUUUUUAAAUUAUAGAGAUAAAUCAACAUCUUCUAAUAGUCCUUUAAAUAUUGGACAUUCUUUUAACACAGAUGUUUCAAAGGAGAUAAAUUUAAACAGUGAAAAAUCAAACACUGAAGAAAUGACUAAUUUAAAAAUAUUAAAAAUGAAAAACAAAUUAAAGUAUAUAUUUUCUAAUGACAUUACUGAAAAAAAGCAAAAAUAUAAGUCUACUGCGGAUAUAAGACGUGAAAAAAUGGCAUCUUAUGUGUUAUGGGGAUUGCUUAUAACAAUUCUUGGAAGUACAUGUUAUAUGGGACGUGGAUGGAGUGAUGAAGAAAUUAAACAAGAUGGAAGUUCUGGAAAAAAUACUUCUUCUACUUUUAUUGGAAGAUUAAAACAACGUGCAUCAUCUUUACUUAGCUAUUACAAUGAACCAGCGUUUGAUAAGCUUCUGCCUGAUCCUCUGCCUGAGCCUUAUCAACGUCGAUUUACAUUAGUUCUUGACCUAGAUAACCUACUUAUUCACUCAGAAUGGUCUCGUGAACAUGGAUGGAGAAUUGCAAAAAGACCGGGCUUAGAUUAUUUCUUAUCUUAUCUUAGCCAAUAUUAUGAAAUUGUUAUAUUCACUACACAAUAUGCUGCAACAGCUAUACCAAUUAUACAGAAAUUAGAUCCAUAUAGAAGUUCACUUAGUGCAAGUUUGUUUAGAGAAGCUACUAAAUAUGUCAAUGGUAAACUUGUAAAGGAUUUAAAUUACAUGAAUAGGCCCUUAGAUAAAAUCAUUAUGCUUGAUACUAAUCCAGAUUCUUAUUCCUCUCAGCCUGAUAAUGCAAUUGCUAUGGAACCGUGGAAAGGCGAUCCUAAUGACAAAGAAUUGAUUUCAUUAAUUCCAUUUUUAGAAUAUAUUGCUUCUAUGGAAGUAUCAGAUGUUCGUCCUGUUAUAGCAUCUUAUAGAGGGAAACAUAUUCCUACUGAAUGGGCACGUAGAGAGAAAUUGUUGAAAGAUAAUAUAAAAAAGGAAUGGGAAGAACAUAAUAAAAAUAAUAAUUCAUGGGUUUCAUUCUUACUCAAUGGAUCAAUGCAACGUUCAUCUCAAACUCCUCAAUUAAUGACUGAUCAACAGAGAGAAAGAGCUCAGCAAGCAUAUAUAGAAUACCAAGAAUAUUUAAAAGAGCAUGGUGAGGAAAUGUUAAAUCAAGAAAAACAAAGAGAACGUGAGCAAAUGUCAGCUAUGAAAACAAGUAUAAAUAGUUUAAUAUUUGAAGGAAUUCCGAAACCUCCAGAGCAUGUUUAG